AUGAUUUUGUUGGACUUUCUUUUGAUAAUCUGGAUGGUUUUGCUUGUGGGCGAAUCAUCCGAAAUUGAUGUACUUAACACUAGAUUUCUUCCGAAUGGUGCUGCUUUCUUUACUGAUAUCGGUUCCGCCAAGGAAAAUUCAAUUUAUUUACAAGAUUUUGCUCUAAUUGGAAGUGUAGAUGACGCUUUUCUUAAUAUUAACAUUGGAAAUUUAAGAGUUAAUGCGUCUAUUAAUCCGGAUUCUCAUAGUUUUUCAAGCCAACCCCUUACGACUGUACACUUAUUUCAGAAAGAAUUAUUUGAAGAUGGCCCGACUCUCCAUUUUCUUUGUCAUUCUUUGAUUACACCUGAGCUCUUGAAGAAUUUACACAAUAGACAUAUGAGCACCUGCUGUAUCAUAAAAGUGAUUGCGAGCAACCGGCAUUUCUUUACCGGUUGUCUGAUAAACAAUCUCACUUCUAAUAACCGAUCGACUUGCCAUGCUUCCAUUCACAUUGAAAAUCGAGCUUGGAACGUUUCACUUAACAAUGAACUCGACGUCAGUUAUCGGAUAAAUACAGUUCACUAUGUGAAGUCAAACUCCGUAAAUUUACUCAUGGAUUCGGCUGCUCUCUCAAGGCAAUGCUGGACACCUCUAGCAACUCAGAUGUCAAAUUUUAAAUUCCUCUCCAAAAUCUCCCUCAAGAAGAUGCAACGAGAUGAAUCCCGUGAAAUCGGGCGCAAUAUUCGACUUGACAUUCCAUCCAGGCACCUUAAAAAUGGUGAAUAUUUUAGUGUGCCUGUUCGAGUAAAGGAGCAUACAAACAUUGCAGACUUCACUCUAAGAUGUGAAAUUCCAUUGAACACAUAUGUUGAGUUCAUUAGAGUGGUUUGGCCUUGGGAAAUCGACGAAUCUUCGAGUUUUGGUCGUGAUGGAAAUGUUCGGCUUCUUCAAUUGAAUAAUGGAUUUAGUGCUUGGGACAUCUCCCAGCGCCACAUUCCAAGUCUAAAAGGAAAUGUCACAGAAGUAGUUGCCAAAUAUCGCGAAACUGCAAUCGAUCCUUUUCCCAGCGAUCAUUUUAGGUUCUCAACAUCAUUUGUCAACACUGCUGUCCUUUCUGGCUAUCCAACUCGCCACCCCGUCUGGAUUUACGGACUCACACACAACAAUGAACUUCAGGAUGUGACUUCCACUUCAACAUGUCACACUAGCGAUGAUUCUGUCGCGCAUUUUCCGAAAGAUUCCUGCUCGGCUGGGCUGGUGUUCUCAGGGGGAGAAUUGGCAGGGGGCGACUCCAUCUCUCUUGUCGCCAAAGUCGAUAGAAUCAGUGCUAGCGAAUUGAUCACAGUGUGGUAUCCACAACUACCUCAGGGUGUCACGUUAGUUGCUGAAAGCCCACGAGGAGGAACCACGACAGCUCCAUUCACUUUCACUUCAACGUUGUCGGCUGGAUAUUCAACAUCGUCAAUUCUACUUCGGACAUUGGCAGAGUAA